UCCGUGCUCCCGGCUCCCUGGCUCGCCCCGCGCCCCGCCAGCACGGGCCCCAUGCAGCGCUGUCUGAGAAUCAUGGUGCCGGAGGAGGGGAGCUCCGGCUGCCCGGUGCCCCGCCUGUCCUGGAUGUCGGUGCUGCGCUCUGCCGCGAUCCUGUCUCUUACCGGCAUAAUGGCAUACUGCUUCCUGCGCGUCCAGCAAGGGCAGCUCGAGCCGCCUAAGCGGGACAUGGCUGAGCUGCAGCUAAAUCACACAGGACAGCGGCUGGACCACAGGCUGCGCUGGCAGGGAAGUCCGGCCUUGGGCCGCUCCUUCGUGGAUGGCCUGGAGCUGGACGACGGCGGGCAACUGCGUGUCCGGCGCGGCGGGGUCUACAGGCUGCACAUCCAAGUGACGCUGGCCAACUGCUCCUCCUCCACGCGGGCCGCCCGGCCUCCCAGGGCCACGCUGACGGUGGGCAUCUGCUCCCCGGCCGCCCACAGCAUCAGCCUGCUGAGGCUCGGCUUCCACGGAGGCUGCGUGGCCGUCCAGCGCCUGACGCCGUUGGCUCGCGGGGACACGCUGUGCACCAACCUCACGCUGCCUCUGCUGCCCUCCGCAAAUGCUGACGAGACCUUUUUUGGGGUUCAGCUGGUGCACCCCUGACUGUUGCGCCCCCUGGCCCAGAUUUGUCGGGAGAGUGUGUUUUCUCUCUCUCUCUCUCUUUUUUUUUUUUUCCUGUCUCUUGUAGAAGCUUUUUUCUUGAUGUGUCUCUGUAAUAUAGUGAUGUAUAACAUCUGAUGGGUCUCAAUCCUUGCUGCUAGCUUAAGCUUUUGGAAUUUCCUGUGUGGCGAGCGGUCUGGGUGCCUUUUGUUGUGUUAAUGAGGUGACUUUGGGGAAAGCCCUGAGGUCACCUGGAGAGGUGGGAGUCGGAACUGUCCCUUCCCACUGGCCUGACCUCCAGGGAGGGGAGAGAGGCUGAAGACAGCUCAGCCAGCAAGGGCAAGUGAUUUACCCAAUGGCAUCCGUGUCAUGCUCAAAAAUACAGAAGGAUGGGGUUAGAAGCUUCUAGACUGGUGAGCGAGUGAAAGUCCUGAGAGGGUGCUCACCCGUGGAGAAAACACUGAGUGAGGUUGAUGGAACAUCACUCACCACUUCUGGUUAGGCGCUGCCUGACUCAUACUGGUUUUUGUUCAAAUAAAGUCUCAAAAAUGUU